AAUUAUUAUGUAAGAGAUAAUAAUUAAUUGAAAGGAUAAUUCUCGAUUGGUGCAACAAACCGAUGGGGAUGUUGUUUGCCAAAAUACGAGUAAAGCCAUUAGAGUUACAGACGAUAGCACAGCAGAAACGAUACAUUCGUAAUGAUGAGAAGUGGCACAUCAGAGGAACAACUCCUUGAACAUCAACAACAACAAGAGCUUGAAUUAAUUAGGAUAGCAAAACUACGUGAAUUAGAAAAACAGAAACAGAAAUUUAGUGAAAGAAAAUUUAAGGGAAAGAAUAUUCGCGAACAUAGCAUAUUUUAUACGACUGUAACGCUGGUGUUUUUCUCAGUGUCUGCUGGUGCUUCGAUACUGUUUUUGGUUCCUUUAUACGUGGAUCCAGCAUUAUCAACACUUGCAGGAGAUUUCAUUGAACGUCCUACUUUAUGCGUUACAACUCGACGUGAAGAUUUAACAGGAUUACUGAAUUGUUCUUGGAGUUCAUGUCGAGAAGGAUGCACAUCUGAUGUUUUUAAAUGUACCCACAUUUUUGUACAGUUUGUUGAGUUAAUAGAUGAAAAUGUCAAUUUUACGUUUCCAUAUAAUGCCACAAUACAAGAGCUAGCUAACUUUACUACCGAACUUGAGAAAGCUACCACCGAGUCUGUGCUUCAAGUCAAUAUUAAAGGAUGUGGAUAUCCACCGACAGUUAAGUGUUCAGUGUUCACUGAAACUUAUGGUUUUGAAGGAGCAGCUUUUCCUUGUUACUAUUCGAAGAAGAAUAAAACUGUCGUCAUGACUUCUUAUAAUCGAGAUACACAGCUGAAUACAAUUAUACAUUUUUUCAUAGUGCCAUUUAUUAUCACGGUGAUAUCUUCAAUCGGAAUUUGCAUCAUACAUUGUAAUUGUCAAUGUAAGAAAGAGCGACCGAAAUAUCGACGUCCAAGGA